ACCACUUCCCCAGUCCAAGCGCUCAAAGAGUGGCUCACUGUGCAGCGAGAGGACUUCAGCACGAUGGCGUCUGGUUCAAACAAGUUUUCAAAUAAGUAUAUCACCUUGUCUCUGCUCUUCUUGGCACUGGAGUAUUCUUCAGCCUCAUCCCUAACCAAAGAUGGCAUCGCUCAGCAUCGAGUUAAACUAGUCCGUAACAGAAGGCAGAGCAACUGUCAGGACGGUGAAUACGAGCAUGAGGGGAUCUUCUGUUGUCUGUGUGCUACUGGCCAGCGGCUGGUGAGUCACUGCACUAAAAAUGGAAGUCAUGGAGAAUGCAAGAAUUGUGAAAAUGGCAUGUUCAGCAGUCACCCUAAUUUCCAGGAGAAAUGUGAGCUGUGCACAUCCUGUGACCAUACCAGUGCCAAUCUAAAGGUGAAGGAACCCUGUACCCCUGCCCAGGACGCUAUAUGUAUGUGUAAAGAGGGUCACUAUUGCAACACGGACGAUUGCAGACUCUGCCAACCUUGUGCAAAGUGUGCUGAUGAGGGCAUCAAAAAAGACUGUACAUCCACUAGUAACACAGUCUGCAAUGUCAAAACUGAUGGGUCAAAUAUUGGGAUGAUAGCUGGCAUAAUUGUCCCGAUUUUAUUCAUUUUCAUUACGGGAGCUGUGGGAGCUUUGUAUGUGUGGCAGAAGAGAAAAUUGAGGGGUACACCAGGUGAAGCCUCGACUGGAGGCGGCCCACCAAACGAUGAGGAGAUGCAGUGUCUUAAUGUUCCAGAUAUAGAGCCUCACCUGCCUGACAUUGCAGAAGUGCUUGGAUGGAGGGAUAUGAAGGAUGUAGCAUCACGGAGUGGGAUAUUACAAACUGCUAUUGAAGCUUGUGAACGGAACCAUCCACUUGAUUGUGAGGAGCAGACAAAACAACUACUACGGAUCUGGGUGGAGAAGCAUGGCUCGCGUAGCCCAGUAAAAUUGAUCGAAAUCCUAAAAAGUAGUGGCAAAAGGAACAAAGCAGAAAAGGUGAUGAAGAUAUUUGGAUUGUAAAUUGUGAAUUGUGAGCACUUUGAAUAUUUGCAGUGCUGCCUACUGAACAAAUUACUUUUUUUUUUUUUUUUUUUUUUAAAUAUAAAACUAUAUUGCCAAAAGUAUUCAUUCACCCAUCCAAAUAAUUGAAAUCAGGUGUUCCAAUCACUUCCAUGGCCACAGGUGUAUAAAAUCAAGCACCAAGGCAUGCAGACUGUUUCUACAAACAUUUGUGAAAGAAUGGGUCACUCUCAGGAGCUCAGUGAAUUCCAGCACGGUACUGUGAUAGUUGUGAAAUUUCCUCGCUCCUAAAUAUUCCACAGUCAACUGUCAGUAGUAUUAUAACAAAGUGGAAGCAAUUGGGAACGACAGCAACUCAGCCACGAAGUGGUACGCCACGUAAAAUGACGGAGCGGGGUCAGCGGAUGCUGAGGCGCAUAGUGCGCAGAGGUCGCCAACUUUCUGCAGUCAGUCGCUACAGACCUCCAAACGUCAUGUGGCUUCAGAUUAGCUCAAGAACAGUGCAUAGAGAGCUUCAUGGAAUGGGUUUCCAUGGCCGAGCAGCUGCAUCCAAGCCAUACAUCACCAAGUGCAAUGCAAAGCGUCGGAUGCAGCGGUGUAAAGCACGCCGCCACUUGACUCUAGAGCAGUGGAGACACGUUCUCUGGAGUGACGAAUUGCGCUUCAACCCGAUAGAACACCUUUGGGAUGAAUUAGAGCGGAGACUGAGAGCCAGGCCUUCUCGUCCAACAUCAGUGUGUGACCUCACAAAUGCGCUUCUGGAAGAAUGGUCAAAAAUUCCUGUAAACACACUCCUAAACCUUGUGGAAAGCCUUCCCAGAAGAGUUGAAGCUGUUAUAGCUGCAAAGGAUGGACCGACAUCAUAUUAAACCCUAUGGAUUAAGUUCAUAUGCGAGUCAAGGCAGGUGAGCCAAUAGUUUUGGCAAUAUAGUGUAUGUAUUUUGGAUCAUCCUGCUCAUUCGUUGUUCACUGCCAACACAGCCUUUCAACUAUGUCCUCCAUGCCAUCUCUGAUAUCCUUGGAGGACUACCCAUGUGCACAGUAAAUCCAAGUGUUAAUUUAAUUUUUGCACCUGCACUGUGUGUGUUUAAUGUAAACCAACCUCUGCAGCUACUUAGAAUCAGAUGCUGAGUGCAGUGAAAUACAAGCUUAUGUCACGAUAGCAGGGUAGGAAUAAGAUUAUCCUUAAACCAUUUAAGUUUGUGCAAAAACAGUUGCAAAUGAUCAUAAUGAAAAGUAUUUUAUACGACUUUGCUUAGUCAUUACAUCAUCACUGUCAAAUGAAAUUUCCCUUUUAUUUAUAGUGGUUUCGUUGCUCAGUUCAAGUUCCACAUUCUGUAAAACAAUGAAGUAAAUCGCAUUGACAAGAAUUUGGGAUUGUGGAAACUGAUCUUUACUUUUUGUAAACCUUUGGGGAAACAUAUCAUUAAUUGAACUUUGAGAUCUAAAAAACAGUUUAACACUUCAAAUAUUUGUGUUUCCCGACCCAUUUAUCCAUGAGGAAGGAAGCCCAUUACUUUUGCCGCAUGUUAUUUUGGGGAUGCUCAUUUGUCUACUUUCAUUUCUCAUUAUCACACUGGAACCAAAUUUUAACAUUGGGUAGUGCUUAGUUUGCUCAGUGUUUUUAUUUGUGCAGCAACUUCAAAUCAUAGUUGGUGCAAUGUCUCAUUUUCAAUAUCAAGGAAAUUCAGUUUUACAUUUAUUUGUUUUAUAUAGACUAUAUGACAAUGAAAAAUGGAACUGGAAAUUUGGAGAACUGAAUAUAUGCACGUAUAUCAGAUGCAGAGUUUAUGUAAAUAAAAAAAAAAGUAACUUGUAUGAAAGAUGAAUGAAAUGUCUGCAAUACUGAAAUGCAAUAUGAAAUGUGAAAAUGCUGUAGUCAUCUUAGUUUCGUGGGCAGUUACAAUAAUGCUAUAGUAUUGUGCCAAUAGUAGAUUUUUGGAGUAUGACUAAAAAUCUCAGCAUCUUUUGGCAUCUAUUAUUCAUACUUGUACGUAUUUAGAUUAAAACAAAUUUAAAUCAAAGUCAGUCUUCAGUCGUUGCAGAAUCUGAUAAUCACAUCCUCUUUAAAGUC